AUGCUUAGAGAUCUUUUCAAAUUAGCGGCUGUAAAGGCUAGAGAUGCGGUCGAAGAGUUUUUCAAACUCAACAACAUAGAUAUGGUGAUCAGGUUUCUCACAGCAGCCAAAGAGUUUAAUCCGGAAGUACCCAACAUCGAUGACUACUUCACGGCCUACAAAGUGCACGAAGUGGCUGCCAAGAACAGCACCUGGUAUGAGAUUCUUUCUUUGAGUGAUAUCGGAGUAGAUUCAAGCAUGAUCAAGAAACAAUACAAGAGAAUGGCUCUUGUGUUGCAUCCGGACAAGUAUCAUUCUGUUGCCGCGGAGGGGGCUUUCAAACUUAUACAAUCUGCGUUCCAAGUUCUGAUAGUUCCCGAAAAAAGACAAUCCUACGAUAGUAGCUUGGGUUCUAAGAAACGCCCUCAUCAAUCACCGCACACGCCUUCAGGUUCUUCUAAAUGUUCUAAAUCAUCAAGGCCUACAAGCGAAGAAGCCAAAUCCAGACAGUCCCAGCCCCAAGCAGCAGCUGAUCAUAAGGCCAGAACUUCUUCAACUGGGUUCGGAAGCACAAACACCAAAGAAAACUGUGGCGACGGAUGCAAUCUUCGAAACGUUAGAUUUAAAAUCGUUCAUCAAGCUAAUGGUACCAAAAAGAUUGUUGUUUCUCGUAAUGAUAAAGUGGUAGAAUUCCAACACGUUUGGCUUUUGAAUGGAUUUUGA